UGUAUCAUUUUUGAUUAAUAUUUGCGAGUAAAUGCUGUAGAUAUGAGGCAAGAAGAUUUAAAAGAAAGUCACUGAGCCGUGCAAGUGAAUUCAUUUGUUUCAGACAACAUGCGGCUGGGUUGCAUCCUUUUACAAGCAGGAACAUUAUUUCUUUCCUAUGCCAAAGACUGACUGCGUUUGCCCUCCUGUUUUACUUCUGCUGUGGAAGAAAUUUAAGCAAGAACAUGUAUAGUGAAUUGCUCAAUUCUACCAGUGCCACUGAAGCUCACCUAAUGAUUCAGACCAACACGCCCUACCUGAGCAGCACCCCGAGACCCGUGAGCUCCUCUGCUCUUUACAUGUCGACAGCCAGGGUGUUAAAAGAAGGGGAAAUAAAUAAGCCAGACCUGGUGACUUACAUCAUUCUAUUUUUCUUUCUGUUCUUGACUGUGACAUUCAUUGUGUUCUUCAUAAACUGCCAGCUGAAAAAUUCUUUUUUUGCUACUCUUCCUUACGACAGAUCGCUCCGGGAGGCGAGGAACCCGUGGAGGACACAAGCUGUCUGACACCUCUCAUCCCAGCAGGAGCAGGCACCACAAACCCUGUGCAAUAAGGAGCUAGUGCCAUGUGCCAGUGCACGGAUGUGAGCCCCUCCAGAGUAGUGGGCAGGAGGAGAUUGCUCAGAAUUCUGCUGUAUGCCAAUCUGAGUAGCUGUAAAUAAAAAGCUCCGUUAUGAACUGAAGAGAAUGCUUUAGCAAAUUGAUACAGGUUUUGCAAAAAAUUGCCCCGUGAUUCCAGAUUAAGCUCUGUGUGUAUGCAAAUGUCAUCAUCCACCCAUUCAGUGUCCAUACAAGGAUAAUUGUAUUAACAACAAUCUCUGAUUUGGGCAUCUGGUGGAGCUUGUUCCCCCAUGUUUAGGAAACCAAGCAUCAAAUGUACAAAACCAGUGUAUUUACCUAACAGCUCCACAGAGAUGAGGUUACUUUCCAGACCUGUUUUUCCCAACUGCUGCUGGAACUGCAUGGUGAUGCUGUGGGAGGCCUGCCAGGCAGGAGGAGAAAAUGAAAAAUGUUUAUUUAGGCUUUUGAUUGUCAUUCUGUUAAGGGUGUUUUUGAUGUUUGAAUGCAUCAUUGAUCAAGUCUUAAGUUACUACUUAUGUGAAACACUUACUACCUAAUGAAUUUAUUUUCAUCUUUCAUAAGCUGCAAAGGAAAUUAUUUGCCACAGCAUGAAACCAAAAUAAUCAGGCUGGGGAGAAGUGGGAAAAAAAUUAAUAUAUUUAAUAUUAUGCAAACUAAUGAGAAGUGUGAGCAGAGUGCUCCAAGUUUGAUACACAAAGUGGAUAAGUUCUGAAAGCCAUAAAACACAGCUUUAUAGGAAUAGUAGCUUUACUUUACCACUCCUUGCUCUUCAUCUAAACCUAGCCCAAUUAGAAGUAUAAAUUAUCAAUAUGACAACAGCUUGAUUCAACACUGGUCACUGGCAACCCCUACCAUUUCAAAUUACUAUCUGAUUUUGUUCUAAAAUCAGAACAAAAAAGCUCCUGGUAGGUGACAAACUAUUUUGUAGAUGCUGAUUUCUUGUAAACUUGCAGUUACAGCACAAUUCCAAAUGAAGCUGCAUGAAUGUGGGAAAAGUGUCCAUAAUUCCCACAAACAGCAGGCAAAGGGCUUGGGUUUUGGGUUUUUUUGUUUUUGUUUUUUUUUCAAAUCAAAUAGCUCAACAUACAGGAGAAUUGCAGCUAUCCAGAAACACCUGGAUCCAGUGUGUUUCUGGAUAGCUAAAUCCCAAAUCCUACUGAACUACAAAAAUUGUCCUAAAUCCUAUUUUAGCUGCAGUUUUGGGUAUUGGAUCAUCUGAAAUGGCUUCAAAGUAGUGUCAGAUGCUGCUCCUAACCCUGUUCUUGACCUGCAGAGUACUCCAGAGGAGAUGGGUGUAUAUAUGUGUACAUAACUUAUUUCAUCCAAAGGAGGAGAUUUAACAAUGCAAUUACACACAGGCUUGCACUUAAGAACACAAAGUGUGUAUAUAUGGAAGUCUGUUUGCAAGUUUCUUCUUUUAUAACCCAAAAAUUGCCCAGUUGAUAACACUUCCAUGUCAUUGUCUUUGUUACCAUGUCUUAUUUUGCUCCAAUAAGCUAAACUACUCCAUAACAGAUUUCAAUAUUUUAUUCCUUGAUAUGUGGCCAAUAUUUCCUCUGAACCAAAUUUAACUAGUGUAAUUCCAAUUAAUGCAGAAAGCAACAAUAAAUGCAAGUGUAUUUCUCUCAGCCCUUUUUGAAUAAAUCAAGUUUUAUCAAAUCA